AUGGGCAUCAACGGCUUCUUGCGGCAGCUCCACGACGUUGUGGACACGACGCAUCUACAGCGAUUUGCAGGGCAGACGCUGGCGGUGGACGCGCUAUCUUUUCUGCACAAGGCCUGUUAUGGCUGCGCAUUUGAGCUCUCGACGGGCAAAGAGACGGAAGCUUACGUCCAUUAUAUGUUGCGUAAGGUUCAUAUGAUGCGGAGCUAUGGCGUGGCCGAGGUCAUUCUCGUGUUUGACGGACAGCGACUGCCACUGAAGUCUUUGACGCAUGAGAAGAGAAAGAGGUACAAGGAAGAAAACCGAAGACGAGCUCUGGAGGCCAUGGCCGACUCGAAGAAAUUGCAAGGAACGGAUCGCUCAGACAAAGUCAACAAAGCUUACCAGCUCUUCCAGAGAUCGGUCUCCAUUACUCCACAGAUCAUCUCCACUGUAAUGAACGCGCUGCGAGCAGCCAGAAUCCCAUUCGUUGUGGCGCCGUUUGAAGCUGAUGCGCAGAUGGUGUGGCUUUGCAAGAAUGGCUUUGCAGCAGGGAUUGUAACGGAAGACUCGGAUGUGGUAGUGUACUGCCUCACUGCUGAUGUCUCGUGCCCCGUUCUUGUCAAACUGGAAGAUAACGGUGCUGCCCAGGCCGUGUCGCGGUCCAUACUCCACAAGAACUCGGCGAAAGCUACUUCAAACGCCUUACUGAGAAAAAUCCAUUUUCUUACAUCAAGAGAUAAAGAAGCCAUCCGCAUGUUUGUGCAAGUGUGCGUUCUAGCUGGCUGCGACUUCAUCGACUCACUUCCGAACGUGGGGUUUGCCACGGCAGUCAAACACAUCUUCAAUUUUCGGGGUGCACCCGCUCACUUGCGCGUCCAGCGGUUGACUAGCAAGCUAUUGAGCUCGGGCACAAAGGUCCCUGCUGAAUUUCUGCAGGAGUUUGUCAAGGCAGAAACCAUUUUCUUCCAUCACAUCGUCUUCAAUCCCGAUAAACGCUGCUGUGAGCUCCUCGUCCAUGAGAAACACAUCAACUGUUUCCCUGACGUUCUGCAGCGUGCGAAAGAGUCGUUGGGCAUCGCGUUAUCCGACGAGGUCGACCUAAUGUCAAGCGUUCGGCGUGGAGAUCUGCGUGCAGUGAGUGCCGCAACAAAAGCUUUCUUGGCGAAGUCCUGUCGUCCGAGAUCGUCGAGCAGAUAUACAAGGGCGAACUGUAUGCGCGCACCCUCCGCAGUCUUUCCGAUAGCCCCGCAAGUUCACGAAAGCAAAGAAGUUUUGCGGCAUCUCACUUUGAGACUUCAUCCAGCGUGCAGCGCAAACCACUUGGCACAUCUGUCGACCAGCCGACGCGGAAGGAGGUUCCACAACUUUCGUCCGUUGCGGUCGCGCAACAGAUUGAAAACAAGAAGCGCUUGCAAGCAAACGAGCGUGCUGUGUCAUUACAUGGUCUAA